AUGGAUUGUACAACGAUUCAUUUCAAUGUGAAUGGGAAGUAUAUAAAGGCGGAGAAUGUGGAUCCAGAGACGACUUUGGCUUAUUUUUUGCGUAAUGAACUGGGCUUAACUGGAACAAAACUCGGAUGCGAAGAGGGUGCAUGCGGUGCUUGUACGGUAACGAUUGGAAAAUGGGAUCCAACAUUACGGAAGGCAAGGUACAUUGCCAUCAAUGCUUGCCUUUUUCCGCUGUACAUGUCACAUCAACGAUUAAUUCUGACUGUGGAAGGAAUAGGAAGCACAAAAAAAUUACAUCCGAUUCAAGAGCGUAUCGCUCGUGGACAUGGGACCCAAUGUGGAUUCUGUUCGCCUGGAUUUGUAAUGUCUGCUUAUGCUCUUUUGAGGAAUAACCCUAAUCCAUCAAUUCACGAAAUAAAUCAGUCCAUCAAAGGAAAUUUAUGCCGAUGUACCGGUUAUCGGCCUAUCGUGGAAGCGCUGCAAUCUUUUUCACAGAGUGGGUGUUGUAAUGGAACUGCGAAUGGAGGCAAAUGUCCUUGUAAGGAAAACCGUAAUGGCAUGGAUCGAGAAAAACUCGUCACCUUUGACGAUUUCCCGAAAUUCGAUGAAUCUCAGGAGAUUGUUUUCCCUCCAUUGUUUAUAAUGGACACACAAAAUACUGAUAUUAUCCUGAAAGGUCCUCGAGUGGAAAUGUAUGCGCCAUCGGAUUUUGAGGAAUUUGAGCAUUAUUUACAAGCAAACAGUGAGGCAAGGAUCGUUUCUUCCGGCUUAAUCACAAGAUUAACCAUACCAGUGUCUUGUGACAGCGUAAAAUGGUUAAGCACUCAUCGUCUAAACACUCUGGAUCACAUUCUGGAGUUCGACGAGGAGAUUUUGCUCGGUUCUGGAUUAAGUAUAUCUGAAUUUGUGGGUGCAUUGAACAAGUACUGCGAUCCAGUAAUCAGUAGGCCAAUUCAACAGCUUUUCGACAAAUAUUCAUCUUUACAAGUUAUGAACUUAGCAAGUUGGGUCGGCGCAUUAUGCACUGGUGCCAGCGAUAUUUCAUCGGUAUUUUUGGCUUUUAAUCCUACGGUGACAAUUCGAGAUGAGAAAGGAAUCCAUGAAUUUCGGCGUAUUUCCGAUUUGGUGGAUUCGAACGGAAAAGUGAUGUUGAGCACAUCUCAGUUCAUUAUCGCAGUAAAAUUUCCACGAAUGAAGGAUGGACUUCAAGUGUACACCUUUAAACAAGGACAACGACUUGGUGCAGAUUCGACGAUAGUGAAUUGUGUUGCUGUUUUACAUGUGAAUGAACAAAUAGAAUCAGCACGUAUCGCUAUUUCAUUUGGAUCAAGAGCGGUCCUAUGUGGAAAACUCUGUGAACAACUAAUUGGAAAAUGA